AUGUUAACUGAACAUUGUUCAAAAAAACGAAAAUUUAAAUCUGAUUAUCAACAUGAAAAAAUAUCGAAACGAUUAAAAACAUCAAUUAAACAUAAAAAGAUUCUAUCAAAUAUUGAAUGUUUACCAAAUGAAAUAUUUUAUCAAAUAUUUUCAUAUUUAACUGAUCGAGAAUUAUUAAAUUCAUUUUGUUUUACAUUAAAAAAUAAACGUUUUGAUGAAUUAAUUCGUAAUCGUACAUCAAUUAAUUUUCGAUCAAUUCAACGUUCACAAUUAAUUCAUUUGAUAUAUAAAAAUUCUCUUAUAAAUCAAAAAAUUCUUCGUCAAAUUCAUUUAUUUAAUGAUGAUAAUACACCAGGAUUAAUAAAUUUAUUUUUUAAUUUAUAUUCAUUUGAUUUAUUUCCUAAUUUAAAAAUCUUAGUUCUUGAUCAACCAGAACAAACUGAUUUAAUUAAAUUAAUGAAAUAUUUCUCCAAACUUGAACAUUUAUCAAUACGUCUUUCAACAUUAGUACGUAUGCCAUCAAUUGUUUAUACAAAUUUAUAUUCCUCUGUAUUAUGUUCAUCAUUAAAAUCUUUAACAAUUAUCGAUGAUCCAGAUGAACCAAUUACAUUACCGGAAAAUAUGUCAUUACCAUAUUUAAAAAAUUUAACAUUAGGUUCAUUAACAUCAUUUGAUAUACAAAAAAUUUUUCAAGCAGCACCAAAAUUAUCUUAUUUUAAAUUUCAUCUCAAUUCUGAACAAUCGGAUACACAAAAUGAACAAUGUAUUAACACAAAUAUAACAAGAAUUGAUAUUGACGCACCACGUGCUGAAUUUGAUUUAAUUUCGAAAAUUUUAUUUCAAACACGAAAAUUAAAAUCAUUAAAAAUAUGUUGUCGUGGUGAAAGUGCAUGGGUGUGGGAAUGUUUUAUUCGAUCAUUUUUACCAAAUUUAAUUGAUUUUCGUUUUAAAUUUGAUAUACGUCAAAGAAAUAUAUCUAUACUUGAAUAUGAACAAGAUUGGUGGACAAAGGUAAAAAAAUGGAUUGUUAUUGGUCAUCCAUUAUCAUCGGUAUUUUAUACAUUACCUUUUAUUGAUACAAAAUUAACAUUAAAUGCUCGAACUGCAUUUCGUCAACAGAAUUGUUUUUCAUCAAAAUUAUCAAAUGAAUAUUCAAAUAUUCGUCAAUUAAUCUUAACAUUAAAUCCAUUAGGAUUUAAAUUAUGUCAAAGUAAUGAUGUUUAUUUUAAUAAUAUUGAUUCAUUAACAUUAAUUGAUUAUAAAAAUUCGCAAAAACCAGUAUCACAUUUAAGUACAUUAAUUAAUUUAAUAAAUAUUCGUCAUUUAACAAUUGAUCAUCGUAUGCGUUCAGGAACAUUUUUAUUAUUGAUUAAAGAAAUGCCACAAUUAAAUUCAAUCUCAGGACAAGAUGUUGCAUUUUCAGCAAUAACAAAUAAAUUUCAAAAUGAAAUUGUUAUUUCAUUUCUUAAAAAAAAUAUUCAAAAAUUAACGAUAAGUCCAUCAAAAGCAUGUGAUGAUAUUCGUUAUGUAUCACAAUUAUGUGUUGUUUUUUCACAUAUAACUCAUAUUAAUUUAAGUCUUAAAUGGGCUAUUGAUAUUUGGCCAUGGUUAAAACUAUCAAAUUUAUCUAGUGCAACUGUCUUUUGUCGGCAUGGAUCAUUUAUUAAUCUUAUCAAUGAUCCAGCAAAUCAUAAAUGGUUUUUUAAUUGUACUUAUGAAUUACGUAGUCAUCAAGAUUUACGUUUAUGGAUUCAAUAA